UCGCUUUCACUUUCCUCGUUCUUCUUCGUCUUCUUUCUCUGUUACUCUCUGUCUCUCGCUUUUCGAUCGACAAUGGGUGAUCCGACUCAUCUCGAGCAGAUGGGCAAAGAACUCAAGUGUCCAAUUUGUUGGAGUUUACUGGAUUCUGCAGUUUCUCUUACAUGCAAUCAUGUAUUCUGCAACGCAUGUAUUGUGAAAUCAAUGAAAUCAGGUUCUAGUUGCCCCGUGUGUAAACUGCCCUUCCGGCGUAGAGAGAUUCGCGCUGCUCCUCAUAUGGAUAGCUUGGUGAGUAUCUACAAAAGCAUGGAAGUUUCUUCGGGAGUUAACAUAUUCGUCACUCAGAACGUACCUGGUGCAAAAUUAUCAGAUGGAGAAAAGCAAUGUGAUGGUGAUACCAAUUGUAGGGAUAAGGUUGCUGGUGAUACUCAUCAAAAUCAUUCAGAGACACGACAGAAACGCAAAAGGAAGGGAUCGAGGAAAGAGACUGAGGCCAACAAGAAGAAUUCUGGUGCUGACUCUGUAAAACCUACCUUUCCAGCAAAGAAAAGGGUUCAAGUGCCGCAAAGUCCUCUUUCAAAAACUCCAUUUAAGAAUGCAGGGCUUGAGCCUUCUCCAAGUGAAAUUAUCAAAAAGGGAAGCAAAGAGGGUUUGGCCACCUCAAAUGGGAGGCCUGUCAGAAAUGAGAAAGAAGUAGCUCUUUCGCCCUUCUUUUGGUUAAGAGAUGAAAAAGAUGGGGAAAAGUCAAGUCAGGACACCGUUGGGGGUAAACUCAGCGAUACACCAACACCAAAUCUUCCUUCAUUCAGUGAUCUCAGGGACUCUGACGACGAAAACUCUUCUAAAGCGACUCCAUCAGUUGAUGUACAAGAUACAAAUUUCGUUGAUUUAUUUGAUAGUGAGAUGUUUGACUGGACACAAAGGCCUUGCUCCCCUGAAUUAUGCUCAAGUCCCUUCAGGAUGCAGGUUGAAGAUACUGGUGAGGUUGAUGAAAAUCAAGUGAAGGAUUAUGUACCUGAUUCCCUGGAACUUGAAGCAAAUAAAUUAGGUGCUGAUAAUACAGAAUUUGAGAAUUUGAAACAAGGAAAUGAUUUGAACACGAAGACACCUGGAGCGGCUUCUCUUCAAAAGAAAUCAAGAAAGAGAGGCAGGAAGGCAACCGAAAAGCCCCAGAAAGAGCAGACUGAAAAAAAUGGAGUCUCAAUUAAUGGAACUGACUUCAUUCCAGAGCAAUUACCAAAAGUCAGUCACGAGCAAACAUGGGACAAUAAACGUGAUUCUUCAAAUCAGGGGAGGACGAAUAGAAGAGGUAAGAAGACUUGUUUCGAUAAUACUUCAAAGCCAACACCUCAAACUGCUCGAGCACUUUCUGAUAUAUCUGGGACUAUUGGCGACGGGGAAGCAAAAAUGGUAAAUGAUUCACCUGCUUCACCAUGUAAACAAGAACAUGAGAAGAAUUAUAAUGUGAAAAAUUCUAAGAAAAGCCAGGGGAGAAGGUCCGGGAAACAAAAGCUGGAUAAUUUACAAAAGAUAGUUGAAGACCCAUCUUCAAUGCAAAACUGUAACAAUGAGCAUGCUGGUCAUCAGUUAUCAAGUCUCCAAAUGGAUAAUAAUGGAAAGCCGUUCAGAAGCAGGCAAAUAGAAAUUAGUUCUGGCAGAAAAUCCAAGUCCUGCGACAGAGGAUUGGGGAAUAAUAAAAGGUUAAAAGUUUCAUCUGAUUGCAUCUCCCAGGAAGCAAAUGAUGAAAAAACUCAGCCUACCGAGAGGAUUCAUCAACACCCUGAAAGUGGGGUUUUGAGUGAAUCAUUUAAAGAGAAACACCAUCCUGGGAUUGAUGUAGUUUUACGGAAAUGUGAGACCCAUAUCAAGAAGUUCCAAUGCGCUUUCUGUCUGUCAUCAGAAGAAUCAGAGGCUUCUGGCCAGAUGGUGCAUUACUAUAAGGGCAAGCCUGUUGCUGCAGAUCAUGAAGGAGGAUCAAAAGUCAUACAUUCUCACAGGAAUUGCACUGAAUGGGCCCCCAAUGUAUAUUUUGAAGAUGAUAUUGCAAUUAAUCUUGAGGCCGAAAUAAGCAGAAGUCGAAGAAUUAAAUGUAGUUUUUGUGGACUUAAGGGGGCGGCACUAGGUUGUUUUGAAAAAACUUGCCGCAGGAGCUUCCAUGUUACCUGUGCCAAGUAUACUUCUCAGUGUCGAUGGGAUAUGGAUAACUUUGUGAUGCUCUGUCCUCCGCAUGCUUCUUUGAAGUUGCCUUGUGAUAGUAGAGGAACGCAAAACGGAAGCAAGAAAUGCACAGCUAGAGAUUUUGUCGGGCGAGGAAAUCAGCGCAACACUGCUGGCAAGCAUGACACUGCCCAAAAUCUGAAUGCUCGUGGGUCAUAUAAGAAAGUUGUUCUCUGUUGUUCAGCUUUAUCUGGUCCAGAGAGGGAUAUUGUUUCUGAAUUUGAAAGAGUUGCCAAGGUAACAGUUUUGAAAAAGUGGGAUGCAAGUGUGACCCAUGUGAUAGCAUCAACAGAUGAAAAUGGGGCAUGCAAAAGAACCCUCAAAGUACUGCUGGGUAUCCUCGAGGGAAAAUGGAUUCUCAAUGUGGAAUGGAUUAGAGCAUCCAUGCAAGCAAUGGAACCUGUUGAUGAGGAGCGUUAUGAAAUUAAUGUGGACAUCCAUGGAAUCCAGGAUGGCCCUCGUCUCGGACGACUGAGAGUAUUGAAUAAGCAACCAAAGCUUUUUGAUGGCUACAAGUUUUAUUUUAUGGGUGAUUUUUUGCCAUCGUAUAAGGGUUACCUACAGGACCUUGUCACGGCUGCUGGAGGGAUCUUUCUGCACAGAAAACCAUUAUGUCGCGACCAAAAAGCAUCAUUAUCACCUGAUAUGCAUCCACCCCAAACCUUCAUUAUUUACAGCCUCGAACUUCCUGAAAAAUUUGAUCCCCUAAAAAGGGAAACGAUUCUCAGUCAAAGGCGAAAUGAUGCGGAGGCUUUGGCAAGGUCAACUGGUUCAAAAGCGGCGAGUAAUACAUGGAUUUUAAAUUCUAUUGCAGCCUGCAGGUUGCAAAGCCUUGUUGAAUAAAAUAUACAUACUUCCAAACUCUGA